AUGCGGUAUUGUAGCCGAAAGAAGAAGAAGAAGAAGAGAGAGGCAAACAGUCAGAGUGCCUUGCUAGGGCGGACAAAGUUCAAGCACCAGUAAUGGCGGCACGCUUCGCUUUUCAGACCGUUCCCGAGAGGAUUUUUAGACAGCUUGUAAGACGAAGUACAAGUGGACUUGAAGGUCUGGGGAGGUCCCAGUGUGUGAACAGUGUCUCAACAGAACAUUCUAGGAAGUAUCGUGCUGUAGUGUGCACAGAACUGAAGAAGCCACUGGAAGUCCAAACACUAUCAAGAGCUGAACUUAAGCCAGAGGAGGUGAGGGUGUCCAUUCAUUGCUGUGGAGUGAAUUUUGCUGAUAUCCUGGCAUGUCAGGGUCUAUAUCAAGAACGACUUUCUUUACCUUUCACUCCAGGCAUGGAGUUUUCUGGCAGUGUGAUCGAAACUGGACCUAGUGUUACAAAUUUUCAGAAGGGUGACCGUGUUAUUGCAGUUACUGAGGGAAAAGGCAUGGCAGAGGAGUGCAUCAUAAAUCAAAAGUUGCUUUGGAAGUUGCCUAAAGAAGUGAGUUAUGAAGAGGCCGCUGCUCUGCCGGUAUCUUAUGGUACUGGGCUUCUUGCAUUACAACACCGAGCAGCAACCCAACCAGGGGAGGUAGUGUUGGUCACUGCAGCUGCAGGAGGUGCUGGUCUUGCUGCUGUUGAUAUUGCUGCAAAUGUUCUUCAAGCAAAGGUGAUUGCUGCAGCAGGAAGUGAUGAGAAGUGCAAGAUAGCAGUCCAUAAGGGAGCAUCUUCCAGUAUCAAUUAUUCCAGCAGUAACUUAAAAGAUGAGUUGAAAAAACUGACCAAUUCACAGGGAGUCAAUGUGGUAUUCGAUGCAGUUGGUGGAGAGAUCUUCAAAGAUUCUCUCAGCAGUUUAAGCUGGGAAGGCAGAAUUGUGGUAGUUGGAUUUGCUGGUGGAGCCAUACCCUCAAUUCCAGCUAAUCUUCUGCUUUUGAAAAAUAUUUCAGCAAUGGGUGUAUAUUGGGGACGUUACAGAAAUGAGGAUUUUGGUUUAUUUUCCAAGUCCAUUUUUACAGCUAUUCAGCUUUGCAAGGAGGGUAAAAUCAGACCCCACAUUGGAGCUGUCUACAAAAUUCAUCAGGUGAAUGAAGCUUUUCUACAUGUAGCACAAAGAAAAUCAAUAGGCAAGGUCAUCGUGUCCAUGAGAUAGCAGAUGAAAGGUGCAUUCAGUCUUCCUGGCUUGCUUGAAGAGUUCUGUCCCAGAACAUAUGCAGAUUUUCAUUAAAAUGAUGCUUCAGAUUUGUUAUACCACUUCAAGCAACUUCAGCUUUUCGAUGGCUUCUCUCCUCUGGCUGAUUUUUUUUCUAUGGGGAAAAAGCAGAAAAUGUAUUUUGAAGCUUUUCCUGAAUGUUAUCAGAAUAUUUAAAAGCAUGAAGAGAAGUAGUUCUUUGUGCUAAAAAUCAAACUACAGCUUAAUGACAAUAUAUAAUUUGAGCUGUAUCUUUGAAUAUAAAAUAAUUAAAGCCAAAAUUAUCGUGAUAUAGUUCAUUGUAAUAUUUGAUAGAUGACACAGAGGACAGAAAAGCAGCUGACAUUUAAAAACCUGAAGUGACUCCUUAAUUUUAGUAAUUCAGAUGAUAACAAGUUAUAUUUUGUGAAACUCUGCUGUUUAGUUAAAAGUAGUUACAUAAUUGUUUUCUUAAUGUCUUGUGUGAUAAAAACACAUAUCUGUCCAUGUAAUUUUUAUUGUCCUUAUAUAUAGCUAAUCCAAUAAACUAAUAACGUAUGAAAAUGUAACAAUUUAUCAUGACUGUUACAGAAAUUUGAUUAGAAUAGUAGUAAUAUUUUUCAAAUUGUAAUACUCUUUUCUAUUUCUUUCACAUUAAAUAGAAGAUUUUGUCUUACAAGAAAAUAUUUUGUUAAAUAUAAUAGAAGGCAAAAAUAAUUUUUUUAUGGUAAUUACUCACCUGCAGUAAGUUUGGUAAAAACAGGAAUUAGUGCGUCUUCUAACUGCUUUUUUUGUUCUAAAAAAUCUUGGACUGUAGGAUUUUUGGCAUUCUGCAUCCAGUCAGAUUUUGAAAGGCAUAAAUUUAGAGUAGUAUUCUAUAAUAAAACAAAGGCAAGCAAUAUGUUUUACAUACAAAACUUUUCAAAUCAAAGAUUUAUGAAGGAUUUCAGAGUUAGUUUGUUAAAUGUACAGUAUAUGUGUAAUAUUUUAAAACCAGAUGUUCAACUUUGUUCGUUUUUCAGUCAUUCUGUUUGUUUAUUUGAACACUUGUUUGAUUUAAUCCAUUGCUAGAGUUCCUAAAUAAAAAAUAUAGUAUGGAAAAUUAUAAUGCAGUUUUUUGUAUCAAAUAUGGAUUUAUAGAGACAUUCUUAAAAAAUCUUUGUAGCAGUACCUUAUCAUCUUUGUUGAGUUUUCCUUGAACUUUUUCUGGAUCUGCAAUAAUGGACCUCACAUUUGCAAUGUAUCUUGCUAAAGCUUGCCGUGCUUCUGAAAAACAGGAAAUUCAGUUUUUAAUCUGAAUGUGCAGAAUCUUGGGGGGGGGGGGGGCAGACCUGCAUACAGGGUGAUAUUCAAAGAAAAAAUAUAAUUAUUUAUUAGUAGCAGCAUGCAGUUUGGCCCCCUUUACACCUGUUUAUAUUGAUUAUGAGUUAUCUGUUUUAACAUAAUAAUAAGAAAGAAAUGGAAGUAGAAGAAGUGAAAGACUGAGAAUUGGGGAUCUGCAUUGGUCCACUAUCAUUUGGACGAUUUUCUUUGAAAAGAAAGAUAUAAUUACAUAAGAAUAACCUGAUGGGGCAGAAUGAAAGCAUUGACAAGCCAGAAAGUUACAUAAAAGUCCCAUUAUUGGUAAGGAUUGGUUUCUAAUUAAGAAACAAAAACCUGCAGCCCUCCAGGACCAAACCUGAACAUUGUUUUGUAUGUUUUAUUUUACUUAGUAUGCACUUGUGUAAUUUCUUGUAUUGUAUUUCUUCCAUUUGCAUAAAUAAAUAAAGGGAAAACAUUUUUUUACAUUAA